AUGGACUUUGACGUCGUGCCCUACGAGGACAUUGUAUGGGGAGAACAGAUCGGCGCUGGAAGUUUUGGCUCGGUACACAAGGGCCAGUAUCUCGAAGUCGACAUUGCCAUCAAGGAGAUCCACAGCUCCACAGAGUACGAUGUCUCCAAGUAUUUCGAGCGGGAAUGGAGGAUCAUGCGCGAGUGCCGUCACCCGAACAUUGUCCUCUUCUUGGGCCUGAGCAAGGAACCGACCGACGACGGCCGAAUCUUCAUCGUCACAGAGUUUGUUCCUCGAGGCAACUUGAGAGACCUCAUUCGGUCGUCGGAACCCUUCCCAUGGCGACUCCGACUGUCGUUUGCAACCGACCUCGCCAGGGCCGUGGCUUACCUCCAUGCCAGACAGUGCCUCCACCGCGACCUGAAGGGCGAGAACCUUCUUAUCACUGCCAACGACCGCAUCAAGGUUGGCGACUUUGGCUUUGCGCGCAUCACAGGAAGGAACGACGAGGAGAUGCGGCAGAUGACAUACUGCGGGACAGAUGGCUACAUGUCACCCGAGGUGAACAUGGGAGACGGCUUUGAUCUCCCAACAGACGUCUUCUCAGUCGGCAUCAUCUACAUUGAGAUUCUGACCCGCACAAACGUGACGUCGAAACUUUGGUCGCGCAAGGCCCCGACGUUUGUCCCAGACGCCGACGAGGUCAGAAGGCGAGCGUCGCCCGGGUGUCCCGCAGCAUUCAUCGACCUGGCGCUCGAGUGCUGCCGCUUCCUGCCGUCUGAUAGACCAGGUAUGCCCGAGGUCCUCACUCGUCUCCGGGCCAUUGAGCAGAGCCUCCCGGAAACUGACGACGCCACCGACCAUGUGGGCUCGGUCAGGGUGGUCCGCCGCGAGGGCAAGCGCGCCAUGCCAGUCUUUGGGCACUCCCUCGCCGCGGAGAUGCAGGCAGCCGAGACAAAUAUGGACGACGACGAGCUCGGGAUCGAGGAGGCCAUUGUCGAUGGCCUCAUCCAUGGUGGUCCGAGCUACGCGGACCGGCGGUGUUCUCCCAGCUUGGCGGGUCUGGUGGGAAGUAGCUGGAGAACAACGCGCUGGGCCGAGACCGCCAGCCACUACUCGGACGCCAGCGAGAUGAAUGGAAGGACGCCAUUGCUCAGGAAUCGCGUGAUGAGGACAGAUGAGAGCAUUCCUCUGCAACCCAUAACGGCCAUUCACCGUUCACCAGGAGGGUAUCCUACCCCGCCACCAGAGGACCGUCCGCUGUCUCCAAGAGGCCCGCAAAGUCCUGACAUCUCCACGUCCAUUUCCCAGGGAGGCUCAUCGUCAGCAACCAGCGAACCACGGAGCAGCUCCAGCAGCGUUCCCCUACCACAGCUUCGCCUCUCGCUCUCGCCCGGCCCGUCGUCUGACGCUAUCCAUCGGUUCACUGUGCUCCAGAGGACCCCACCAAGAUUGUUAAAUGCCGCCACGAACUUUGCGAUGACAUUCUUACCGAGAAACGUAACGUGGGGCAAGGAGAGAUGUUCGGUGUGCCGCAAGAGGCUGGGCCCACGGGCGGCGUUGCAGUGCGACGAUUGUGGCUGUGAGUACCCUCUGAAUUCUUUAUCUUACUCAGUGCUCGUCCAUGCCAAGUGCUCGUGCUCGGCACCACGGAACUGCGCCACGUAUGAGGAUGAUGGAAUUAUCGACCCCUAA